UGAUGUCAGUUUGCAGCCUGGAAUUAUAAACGGAAGCCCCCAGAACUCCAAUCUGAAGUCUCAUCCAUGGGGUGGACGCACCACCUGGGACUCUUCCCAACUGGGGCUCCAGAUUGCUGUCACUUCGGACUUCCCAGCUGCUGUUUGGAUCUGGAAUACUUUCAGGGUCAGACUCUCAAGAAAAUACAGAAGGCACCUGGGAAGCGGAAGGGUCCACAGCUUGAGGAAGGGAAAUGAAAGCAUUACACAAGGAGAAUGAUCUGAAGGCUAACUCUAAAUUAUCACCGUUUUAAAAAUUGUGGAUUAAAACAAGGUGAGCCAACCAUGACUGGCAAAACACAGACCAGCAAUGUCACCAAUAAGAAUGACCCCAAGUCCAUCAACUCACGUGUUUUCAUUGGCAAUCUAAAUACAGCCAUUGUCAAGAAAGUUGACAUUGAAGCCAUUUUCUCAAAGUAUGGAAAAAUAGUUGGCUGCUCAGUUCACAAAGGUUAUGCAUUUGUACAGUACAUGAGUGAGCGGCACGCAAGAGCUGCAGUGGCUGGAGAAAACGCCAGGAUCAUCGCAGGCCAACCGCUUGAUAUCAACAUGGCAGGAGAACCCAAACCAUACAGACCAAAACCUGGAAAUAAGAGGCCCCUUUCUGCACUUUAUAGACUUGAGUCAAAGGAGCCUUUCCUAUCUGUUGGUGGUUAUGUCUUUGACUAUGAUUACUACAGAGAUGAUUUCUACAAUAGGUUAUUUGAUUACCAUGGGCGUGUGCCUCCACCUCCCCGCGCAGUAAUUCCACUGAAGCGACCCAGAGUGGCUGUAACAACAACUCGCAGGGGGAAAGGAGUCUUUUCCAUGAAAGGGGGAUCAAGAUCUACUGUCAGUGGAUCUUCUUCAUCAGGCUCUAAAUUGAAAUCAGAUGAAUUACAGACAAUCAAGAAAGAAUUAACCCAGAUCAAAACUAAAAUUGACUCCUUGCUUGGGCGCCUGGAGAAGAUUGAGAAGCAGCAGAAGGCGGAGGCAGAAGCUCAGAAGAAGCAAUUGGAAGAGAGUAUAGAGCUGAUCCAAGAUGAAUGUGUGUCAGAGAAUGCAGACCACUCUACAGAGGAGCCUGCUGAAGGAGGGCCAGAUGCCGAUGGAGAAGAGAUGACUGAUGGGAUAGAGGAGGACUUCGAUGAAGAUGGGGGUCAUGAGCUGGUAGGAACUAAACAUUUGGUGUCCACACCCCUUUGGUAAUAGUACCAGCAUGUCAGCGACUCAUUCAUUCUAAAAUAUAGAUUA